CGCGCGGGUGCAGCGCGCGCGCCCGGCCCGGCGAUGCCCGGGGACGCUCUUCCCUCUGAAGCUGCAACUCAGGCGGGGGCUGGAAUCGGGGCGCCGAGCUCAGUGUCGGCCACCGCCACGGAACCAGGGGCUUCAGACCCGCUGACGCGCUUUGUGUUAUUCUUGGAAAAUUUCGCACCACUUGUGAAUUCCUUGAACCUGGGCAUUGCAAACCCACUUCUUUUGGGCCCAUCUCCUUUGCACUUUGCUCAGAUUAAGACUCAGUUGGCGCUUCAGCAGCUGAAUGCCGUUGCCUCACAUAGUUCAGCACCACCUUAUACUUUAUUAAAUCAGGCUUUCUUGAAAAUAGCCAUGUCGAGACCCAGGUUUAAUCCUCGAGGGAACUUUCCACUGCAGAGGCCACGAGCACCUAAUCCUUCUGGGAUGAGGCCUCCAGGACCAUUUAUGAGGCCUGGAUCUAUGGGUCUUCCAAGAUUUUACCCAGCAGGGAGAGCCCGUGGAAUUCCACACAGAUUUGCUGGCCACGAAUCUUAUCAGAACAUGGGACCACAGAGAAUGAAUGUUCAGGUAACUCAGCAUCGAACUGAUCCAAGAUUGACCAAAGAAAAGUUGGAUUUUCAUGAAGCACAACAAAAGAAGGGGAAGCCUCACGGUAGCCGGUGGGAUGAUGAAUCUCAUUUGUCUGCAUCAGUAGGAGUGAAACAGAGUUCUGUAACACAGGUUACAGAGCGGAAUCCUAAAGUACAGAGCCGCUAUACGAAAGAGAGUGCCUCAAGUAUCUUGGCAAGUUUUGGAUUAUCUAAUGAAGAUUUAGAAGAACUUAGUCGUUAUCCUGAUGAACAGCUAACUCCGGAAAAUAUGCCAUUAAUUUUGAGGGAUAUAAGAAUGCGAAAAAUGGGGCGCCGGUUACCUAAUUUGCCUUCCCAAAGCAGAAAUAAAGAAACCCUUGGCAGUGAUUCCGUUUCAAGCAAUGUGAUUGAUUAUGGGCAUGCAAGCAAAUACGGCUACACAGAAGAUCCACUUGAAGUUCGUAUUUAUGAUCCUGAAAUUCCAACUGAUGAAGUUAAGAAUGAAUUUCGAUCACAGCAGAACAUUUCUUCAUCUGUUCCCACUCCAAAUGUGAUAUGUAAUUCUGUAUUUCCCGUUGAAGAUGUAUUUCGACCCAUGGACUUUCCCAAUGAGUCCGGUAAUCAGUCAUUUUUCCCUAUUGAGAGUGGAACGAAGAUGUCAGGCUUACAUGUUUCAGGAGGACACUCAGUCCUUGAACCUGUAAAAUCGGUCAGCCAGUCCAUUAGCCAAACAGUUAACCAGACAAUGAGUCAGUCUUUGAUUCCUUCAUCUAUGAACCAGCAGCCAUUUUCAUCAGAAGUCAUUUCAUCUGUAAGCCAUCAAGAUCGAAUCUCUCGUGAAUCUGUGGUUAAUUCAUCUAAUGUACAUGGAUCAUCAGGAGGAAGUAAAAAGAGUUACCGGUCAGAGGCUGACAUUCCAAUUCAGUCUCCCUUUGGGAUUGUGAAAGCAUCAUGGUUACCAAAGUUUUCACAUGCUGAUGCCCAGAAGAUGAAGAGACUACCUACACCUUCUAUGAUGAAUGAUUACUAUGCAGCAUCUCCGAGAAUAUUUCCACAUUUGUGUUCUCUGUGUAACGUAGAAUGUAGUCAUUUGAAGGAUUGGAUUCAACAUCAAAAUACAUCUACUCAUAUUGAGAGCUGCCGGCAAUUACGUCAACAGUAUCCUGAUUGGAAUCCUGAGAUCCUACCAUCAAGAAGAAAUGAAGGCAAUAGGAAAGAAAAUGAAACUCCAAGAAGACGUUCUCAUUCCCCCAGUCCUAGACGUUCCAGGAGAUCAAGCUCAAGUCACAGAUUCCGACGAUCUCGAAGUCCAGUACAAUAUAUAUAUAGACCAAGAAGUCGAAGUCCAAGAAUUUGCCAUCGCUACAUUUCUAGAUACCGGUCCAGAUCCCGUUCACCACAUCGAAUGAGACCUUCAUAUAGGGGCAGUCCAAAAUGCUACCGAUCAGUUAGUCCUGAAAGGACAGUAAGGAGAUCAGUGAGAUCAUCAGAUAGAAAAAAAGCAUUAGAAGAUGUAGUACAACGAUCUGGACAUGGGACAGAAUUUAGUAAACAGAAGCAUCUUGAAGCAGUUGAUAAAGGACUCUCACCAGCAUUAAAGCCUAAAACUGGCAGUGGAUCAAAGCCAUUCAUUAAAUCUACAAGCGCUACGAAGAGUGAUUCAAGUUCAGCACAUCCUACUCGUUAUAAAUCAAAGAAUCUUGAAGAUGAAACCUUACCAGAAUCUAAACAGGUGUCUGAUAAACCGGUUUCUCUUCAGCGUAAGCUUCGGAAAGAUCAGGCUUCACCUUAUGGUUCAGUUCUACUUGUAUCUGAAUUACCAGAGGAUGGGUGUACUGAAGAUGAUGUUAAGAAAAUAUUUCAGCCGUUUGGGAAAGUAAAUGAUAUCCUUAUUGUUCCAUAUAGAAAGGAGGCUUACUUGGAAAUGGAAUUUAAAGAGACAGUUACUGCAGUCAUGAAGUAUAUUGAAACAACACCUCUUCUGAUAAAAGGGAAAAGUGUUAAAGUAUGUGUUCCAGGAAAGAAAAAAUCCCAGAACAAAGAGUUGAAAAAGAAGACAUUAGAUUCAAAGAAAACACUUUCAUCUACAUUAAAAAAGGAUUCAGAUACUUCAAAAGCUGCUGAAACUGUGACUGCUACAAUGAUAGGAAUUGAAUCCAGGGCUUCACAUAUGAAAGUCAAAACUGGACAAGCAAAGACAUCUGUAGCCAAAGUGAAUAAAUUUUCAGGGAAACCUGCUGGUUCUAUAAAAACUGUGCUAACAGGUGCUAAAGGUAAAGCUUCAAUUAAAACAGCCAAAUCUAGUGGAAAGAAAUUGCUGGAAAUCAAAAAAAGUGGCAUUGGCAAAAAAGAUACUAACAAAUCUUUGAUCGUACCAGAAAAAUCUGAACUAAAGAGCAAGAUGAAAGCCAAGGCUACUGAAAAUACUUGCAAUGAAACUGUUCCAGAAGCUGUUUUGGAUGCACUAGAAAAUGAACCAGUUAAAAAGGAAACAGAGGAAAUGUGUGUGAUACUUAUUUCUAAUUUGCCUAAUAAAGGAUAUUCUAUAGAAGAAAUUUGCAACCUAGUAAAACCUUUUGGUGGUUUAAAGGAUAUUUUGAUCUUAUCAUCUCACAAAAAGGCUCUUCUAGAGUUAAGUAAAAAAUCUGCAGAUUCUAUGGUGAACUUUCAUACCUCCUUCCCAAUAUCAGUAGAUGGGAAUCAACUCUCAAUAAGUAUGGCUCCAGAAAAUAUGAAUAUAAAAGAUGAGGAAGGUAUAUUUACAACCUUGAUUAAAGAAAAUGACCCAUCGGGAAAUAUGGAUAAAAUUUACAACCGAUUUGUACACCUUGAUAAUUUACCAGAAGAUGGACUUCAGUGUGUACUUUGUAUUGGACUUCAAUUUGGAAAAGUGGAGCAUCACAUAUUCAUGAGUAAUAAAAACAAGGCAAUUCUUCAGCUAGAUAGUCCUGAAUCUGCUCAGUCAAUGUACAGCUUUCUGAAACAGCAUCCACAGAACAUAGGUGAUCAUGUAUUGACCUGCAAAUUAUCUCCAAAAAUAAAUUUGUCAGAGGAUCAAGCAGAGAAGUAUACAGGACCAGGAAAAGAAAGCCCUGACUUGAAAAACAAUCCAAUUGAUGAAAGUGAGGUGCAGACAGCAACUGAUAGUCCUUCUGUUAAACCUAGUGAGGUUGAAGAAGAAACUAUUACCAACAUUCAAACAGAAACUUGUACACAAAGGGAAGAACCUGGUGAGGAAAAACCUGAAAAAGCACUGUGUGACCCUGACUUGACAAUAGAAACAUUGGAAAUUAAAACUCAGGAUAAGAUCAAGGUGGAAAUUCCUCUCGUAGCAUCUGUUCCAGCCAGUAUUGAAUUACUCACUGAAAAUCUAGAGGAAUCAGUUUUAAAUCAGCAGGUGUGUACCAGUGAUUUUCAUACAGAAGAGGAAGAAAUUAUUAAUCCUGUAACAGAAUUAUUAACAUCUGAAAGUGCAUUUAUAGAAGAAAGGAGUAUCAAAGGAAUUCUAGAAGAAUCUCCAUCAGAAGCAGAAGAUCUUUUCUCUGGCAUUACACAGUCUAUGAUGGGAUCUGUAGCUGAAGUAAACAAAUAUAAAACUGCUUCAGAAGUAAUACCAUCUACUUGUGUUACUGCAUUAGUAUCAGGAAUUUCCACUGAGAAUGAGAAGGCAGUGAGCAAAAAGGAAAUUUCUGGGAAAAGUAACAUGGAUGAAAAGGAGGAGAAUGAAUUUAAUGCAAAGGAAACCAGAAUGGAUCUGCAGAUCAUAACAGAAAAUACUGAAAAAAAUGAUGCUAAGGUGGUUGCAGAGAAGUUGGAAAAGGUCAUGGCAGCAAUGAAAGAAAAGCCUGCAGAAAACAUUGUGAAUAAGGCAUUCUCAAAUAAAGGAGAAGGUCAGGUAAAUAAGCCUGAUGAAACUGGUAAAACUAGUACGUUCCCUGUACCAAAUGUAUCUAGUGGUAAAACAAGUAUGAAAGCCAGAACGGUCGUUUCUCCAAAGAUAAAAGCUACAGCUUCAAAAUUUGAAAACCAAAAAAGUUUCCUGAGAUCUGUACUCAGAGAUCAAAUAAUUGCUGAGAAGAAACUUGCAGCUAAAGAAGUGGGUCUGCUUAAACCAACAACUGCCAGGCCAGGCUUGACUGAUUGGAGCAGUAAAUUUAAACCCACUCAGAGCGCUUUUCCCAGAAGCAGUGGAAGGAUCUCAGCCUUUCAAGGCAAGGAUUCUAAACUGGAUUUCAGGGAUAUUACAAAACAGUCUCAGGAAACAGAGGCUAGACCUCUCUUCAUGAAAUGGGAAGACAGCAGCAACAAGACUUUUUCUGGGCAAAGCACGAAGAAUCCCAAAAGCACCCCGACUAGAAGCUCCAAGUGUAAUGAGGAACUGCUAUUAUUUUCAUUUAACUUGGAUGAAUGUGUUACUGUGGAUGAGGUUAUAGAAGAUGUGAACCCUUUUCAAACCAAGCAGAGUCCACUAAAGACAAAAAGAAAGGAAGCCCUCAAAAGUACGCCUGAGCUUAACUUAAAGAAGAAGGGGAAAACAUCUGCCUCUCAUGUUGCUGAGGGAGAAUUAUCUUUUGUAACAUUAGAUGAGAUAGGGGAAGAGGAGGAUGCAGCUGCACAUCUGUCACAGAAUCUCGUCACUGUGGAUGAAGUCAUUGAUGAAGAGGAAAUAAAUAUGGAAGAAAUGGUAAAAAAUUCAAAUUCACUUCUUACACUAGAUGAAUUAAUUGAUCAAGAUGAUUGCGUUUCUCAUAGUGAACCUAAAGAUGUUACAGUACUGUCAGUGGCUGAAGAACAAGAUCUUCUCAAACAGGAGCGUUUGGUGACUGUGGAUGAGAUUGGAGAAGUAGAAGAGCUACCUUUAAAUGAUUCAGCAGACCUGAGUUUUACUUUAAAUACUAAAGUAGAUGAGGAAAAUACUGGAAGAGAUAGCAUUGGGUUCAUUUCUUCUCAGAUGCCUGAAGACCCUUCUACUUUAGUUACUGUAGAUGAAAUACAAGAUGACAGCAGUGAUCUGCAUUUAGUGACUUUAGAUGAAGUAACUGAAGAGGAUGAAGAUUCUUUAGUGGAUUUUAACAAUCUUAAAGAGGAACUUAAUUUUGUUACUGUUGAUGAAGUUGGAGAAGAGGAAGAUGUAGCUAAUGAUUUGAAAAUAGAAUUCGCACAAAGAAAAAAUGAUCAUUCUGCAGAUAAGAGAGAGAGAAAAAAGAGAGCAAUGGACACAAAGAAAACAAAACUCGAAGCCUUGUCCAAAGUAGGUCCAAAAAAUGAGAAUAUUAUGGAAGAAGAUCUGAAAAGCACGAUUGAAAGACAUUUAACAGUUGAUGAAGAAUCUAAAUUAAAGGAUUCAGAACCAGAACGAAAACGCAGGAAAAUUGAAGAUGACUCUUCUUUAGGAACAUCAGUGACAUCUGAUGUCUCUGAAGAUUUAGACUUUCUUGUACCGAAGGCUGGGUUCUUCUGUCCAAUUUGUUCCCUCUUCUACUCAGGUGAAAAAGCAAUGACAAAUCACUGCAAGAGUACACGCCAUAAACAAAAUAAACAGAAGUUCAUGGCCAAGCAAAGAAAGGAAAAGGAGCAGAAUGAGGCUGAAGAAAGAAGCUCUAGGAUUUUCACUUCCCAUCUCUGAUCUUGACCUCAGUCUUUUUGGAAGUGCAAGUGCCAAGAGAAGAAAACAGACACCAAGAAAUAAGGGCACAGUUCUCCUAAGUGAAAGCAGAGACGGUUCUCUCACCCUUUGGGGUUCCUCAAGCCAUGAGCGGAAUGAAAGGGAAAGGGAUCCAAUGGGGUGUAUCUGAUGUACACGACGGAAUGAUUAGUCCUAACUCGGGGGAAACCAAUUGCUUCCACCCAGGAGAGGCAAGAAGGAUCAUGUUUGGAACUCACAAGAUUCAUGGGAAUGCCCCUUGGGACUCUUGCCCACUCGUCCUAGUGGCUGGAGACUGCAGCAGUUCAGUAAUGACAAGACCAGUCAGGACUCACUUCUGCCUGAUCUUACACUGGUGAGGCCAGAGGAAGAAGGAAUGAGUAAAGGAAAAAUUAAGCUGUCAUUUUCAGCAUAGGUCCUAUUACUAGAUUUAAAGUGAAGACUAGUUAUGAUUUUAAAAAUGUUAUGCCCCAGCCUCAUUAAUUCACAUACUGGGUAUUACAGACUAAGGAUGCUCUGACAAGUAACCCGCUCUAACACCACUAAGAGACUUGGAUAUCCGUCAAGAUGAACCUCCAAGCUUAGACUUGAAGGGAAGAUAAUCUUGGAUGGGCAAGUGUUCUCCAAUGUCGGGGGCAUCAGUGGGAUCUGAUUUCUGGAUCAGACAUCGGGUAAUAAUGAGCAGCCAUGGAGUUACUGUCACUGUCGCUCUGAGUAACACUAGCACAUGCUUUGUCCUGUUGUCUCAGAAGGAACUUUGAUUCAGUCUUGUUUUCCCUCAAGGCAAGGAGCUCUUCCUAGAUGACUGUUGGAGAAAAUAAAUAAAAGCUUGGAAGGGUGGGGCUUGCCAAGGGAAGGAAACAAGGUAGGUUACCUGAGUUUGAUGAGGAAAGAUAGUCCCACAGUAAACAAAGGGUUUAAACCUUGCAAAUUGGCCGUUGCCCUGCCAAGCAUUUAUCCCAAAGAUAAUCCUCCCAAGUUUCCCUUAUAAGUCUCCCUCUCCAUCAGUAUUCAUUUUGUUGCUCAAGAUUAGGAUCUGUGUAGCAGUUUUCUUUAUUCUGAGUUCAUUUUCCAAGAGAUGGAAUUGUCUCUGAGAAAAGACAUUACCAGAUAAAAUAUCUUUGAGAUAGUGUAUCUUCCCAAAUUUCCACCUCAGCUUGCCAUUGCACUAUUAUUAUCACUAUUAAUCAUAUUCCCUCUUUUCCCUCUCAAUUCUUUCCUGGAGGCUUUCUUGUAUGAGUCUUGGUGAAGAUUGCCAUGCAAUAAUAUGUCUUGAUUCCUAGAACUUUUGCCUGCUGCUUCCUAGUUAUGUUUGAACAAGGAAUAUCUUUUGCCUAUC